CUCUUCUUCUCAUUUCUUCCCGCUGCAGCCACCCGAAGAAAAAAGAAAGAGAACCCAGCCAUGCCUUGGAAAAUUGGAAGCUUCUGGAUCUGCUCUGCUCUUCCCUCUGCUGUCCGCCGGCUGUUCCUGUUUGUGGGGGUGAAUUGCUCGGUUUUUUUGCUUGCCACCGGCCUCUUCCCCCCUGCAGCUCCGGUUUUAGCUGGAGAAUUAUGGAAUAGCAUCGGGAUUAGGAGUGAUCUUAAUGAUGAUUUCAGUUUGAAUUUGUGAUAGUCCGGUAUUAAUUUUGAGGUGUUUUGAUUAGGUUCCCGAUCGUUCUGUCAGUUAGCACUGAGAUUGAGUGCUCGGUUUUAUGCGAGUGAGGAAGCGAAACCGAGGAUGUGGAAACGAUGGGAAGUAACGAGUUAGAAGGCUAGCCACUUGUAAAUUGAGCAUAGCUUUAGAUAAAUCAUGAUCUUGUAA